UCUGGCGGUGGGGUCGUAGUUUCCAUGGUCUCUGCUGUACGACUCUUUAGUUCAACUUGAAUUGAGUCGUAACUAAAGGAAUUACAGGCGAUACCAAAUCAUGAUAUGAAAUGAGUUAAAAAUCUAGUUUGCGUUUAUUUAAAGGGUCGCCUUUUACAUCGCAAAUACAAGUAUUUGCAGAAAUUUAGGCUAACAUCGGAGAGGCAUUACUCACGAUGAAGCUUCUUGUGGUGCUUUGUGCCACUCUUUUAACUUUAUUGCUUCGCAGUCAAGCAUACAAGAUCCAAUUGGCUGUGCAGAAUCUCCUGAUCAGAGGUAUGCUGGGCAGUGCGGAGUGCUCGUGCGGGAGGAAUCACUUCACAUGUGCUGUGAGCGCGUUCGGAGAGUGCACCUGCAUCCCAGCUCAAUGGCAGUGUGAUGGAGACAAUGACUGUGGCGACCACAGUGAUGAGGAUGGCUGUAUGUUGCCCACUUGCUCCCCUCUCGACUUCCACUGUGACAACGGAAAGUGUAUCCGCCGUUCGUGGGUCUGUGACGGAGACAACGACUGCGAGGACGACUCAGACGAGCAGGACUGCCCUCCACGGGAGUGUGAGGAGGAUGAGUUCCACUGCCAGAACGGCUACUGCAUUCGCAGUCUAUGGCACUGCGAUGGAGACAAUGACUGCGGAGACAACAGUGAUGAACAAUGUGACAUGAGGAAGUGCUCCGAUAAAGAGUUCCGCUGCUCUGAUGGCAGCUGUAUAGCAGAGCACUGGUACUGUGAUGGAGACACAGACUGCAAGGAUGGAACAGAUGAAGAGAACUGUCCCUCUGAUGUGAUGGCGGCUACCUGCAGUGUGGAGGAGUUUCAGUGUGCCUACGGUCGAUGCAUCCUGGACAUCUACCACUGUGACGGGGAUGAUGACUGUGGUGACUGGUCUGACGAGUCCGACUGCUCCUCCCAUCAGCCUUGCCGUGCAGCUGAAUUUAUGUGCAGCAGUGGCAUGUGUAUCAAUGCUGGCUGGAGAUGUGAUGGAGAAUUCGACUGUGACGACCAGUCAGAUGAAACCAACUGCACUGCCUCUAUGUGCAUGGCUGACCAGUUUCGCUGUGUAUCCGGCCGCUGUGUCCGGUUGUCGUGGCGAUGCGAUGGGGAGGAUGACUGCUCUGACGGCAGUGAUGAAGAGGGCUGUGAAAAGACGGGAGCCCCGCCCUGCGCCUCCGAUCAGUUCUUAUGCGGGAAUGGCCGCUGCAUCGGCCAACGCAAGGUGUGUAAUGACGUCAAUGACUGCGGAGAUGGAACGGACGAAUACCCGCACCAGGACUGCCGCCCAAGGUCCAGUGAAGGAAACUGUAACGUGGAUAAUGGAGGCUGCUCGCAGAAGUGUCAGAUGUCUCGAGGACUGGUUCAGUGCACCUGUCACACUGGCUACCGACUGACGGAGGGCGGAAAAACCUGCCAAGAUGUGGACGAGUGUGCUGAUGAAGGCUACUGUAGCCAAGGCUGUACCAACACCGAGGGGGGGUUCCAGUGCUGGUGUGUUCAGGGUUAUGAGCUAAGGCCUGACAAGCGCAGCUGCAAGGCUCUGGGCCCAGAACCUGUGUUGCUGUUUGCGAACCGGAUCGAUAUCCGGCAGGUCCUGCCGCACCGUUCUGAGUAUACGCUGCUGCUGAACAACUUGGAAAACGCCAUCGCUCUAGACUUCCACCACAACAAGGAGCUUGUUUUCUGGUCUGACGUCACGCUUGACCGCAUCAUGAAGGCCAACCUGAAUGGCAGCAACGUGGAGGAGGUGGUGUCAACUGGCCUGGAGAGCCCAGGGGGUCUGGCCAUAGACUGGAUCCAUGAUAAGCUGUACUGGACAGACUCAGGGACAUCUCGCAUCGAGGUGGCCAACCUGGAUGGCACCCACCGCAAGGUGCUCAUAUGGCAGAGCAUGGAGAAGCCCCGAGCCAUCGCUCUGCACCCCAUCGAAGGUAAGAUCUACUGGACAGACUGGGGCAACACGCCACGCAUCGAAUAUGCCAACAUGGAUGGCUCGGGCCGCAGAAUCAUCGCCGACACAAACCUGUUCUGGCCUAACGGACUGACCAUUGAUUAUGCCGGCCAUCGCAUGUACUGGGUAGACGCCAAGCACCACGUCAUCGAGAGAGCCGAUCUGGACGGCAAGAACCGCAAGGCUGUAAUCAGCCAAGGCCUGCCACACCCAUUUGCCAUCACAGUGUUUGAGGACAGUCUCUACUGGACGGACUGGCACACCAAGAGCAUCAACAGCGCCAACAAGUUUACGGGCAAGAACCAAGAGAUCAUCCGCAACAAACUUCACUUCCCCAUGGACAUCCACACGCUCCACCCGCAGAGGCAACCUGCAGGUGGUCGCAAUCGCUGCGGGACCAACAAUGGGGGUUGCAGCCACCUGUGUCUCCCUAGCAACAAGGCCUACACCUGUGCCUGUCCAACAGGUUUCAGAAAAGUAGACCAGUAUAACUGUGCCCUAAGUCUUGACAAGUUCCUGCUUUUUGCCCGAAGGACGGAUGUCCGUCGAAUCAGUUUCGACACAGAAGAUAAAUCAGACGAUGUCAUUCCGCUGGCCGACGUGCGGAACGCCGUGGCUCUGGAUUGGGAUGCCCACGAAGGGCAUAUCUACUGGACCGACGUCACCACAGACUCCAUUAACCGGGCCCUGUGGAAUGGCUCCCAGCAGGAGGUCGUCGUGGACACCAGUUUGGAAAGCCCUGCUGGUCUGGCCAUUGACUGGGUGACGCAGAAACUAUACUGGACUGAUGCAGGUACAGACCGCAUCGAGGUGUCCAACGCUGAUGGCACCAUGCGCACGGUCCUGAUAUGGGAGAAUCUGGACCGCCCACGGGACAUUGUGGUAGACCCCAUCGGCGGGUACAUGUACUGGACAGACUGGGGAGCGAACCCAAAGAUUGAGCGAGCAGGAAUGGACGCCUCCAGCCGCCUCGUCAUCAUCUCCACCAACCUGACCUGGCCAAACGGGCUGGCGAUCGACUACCAGACCCAGAGGCUGUACUGGGCUGAUGCAGGAAUGAAGACCAUCGAGUUUGGCAACUUUGAUGGGUCAGACAGACAGGUCUUGAUUGGCAAUCAGUUGCCUCACCCGUUUGGCCUGACCCUGCAUGAAGAUAAGAUUUACUGGACAGACUGGCAGUCCAAGAGCAUCCAGAGUGCAGACAAACUAAGCGGUCUGGGCCGCUCCACGCUAGUGGGGAACCUGGAAAACCUCAUGGACAUUCAUAUGUUCCACCAGCACAGAGCAACAGUGCAGACACCGUGCUCUGUGAAUAAUGGUGGCUGUAGUCAUCUAUGUCUCUUGGCUCCUGAUUCCAAAGGCUCCAGCUGCGCUUGCCCGACGGGAAUCAACCUUCAGGUAGACGGCAAGACCUGCACUCCAGGAAUGAAUAGCUUCCUAAUCUUCGCCCGGCGGACUGAUAUCAGAAUGGUCUCUCUGGACAUUCCGUAUUUUGCUGAUGUAGUGUUGGCUGUUAAUACAUCUAUGAAGAACACCAUUGCCAUCGGAGUGGAUCCCAGAGAGGGUAAAGUGUACUGGUCAGAUAGCACCCUGAAAAAGAUCAGCAGAGCCAAUAUCAAUGGCUCAGGGCAUGAGGACCUCAUCUCCACAGGGCUGGUGACCACUGAUGGCCUUGCCGUGGACUCAGUGGGCAGGAAAAUCUACUGGACGGACACGGGGACCAAUCGCAUCGAGGUGGCCAACCUGAACGGCUCCAUGCGGAAAGUUCUGGUGUGGGGCAACCUGGACAGCCCGCGCGCCAUCGCCCUAUACCACGAAAUGGGGUACAUGUACUGGACCGACUGGGGUGAACACGCAAAGCUGGAGAGGGCGGGUAUGGACGGAUCUGAGCGCGUGGUCCUCAUAAGUAAUAAUCUGGGCUGGCCCAAUGGCCUUGCUAUAGACAAGGCCAGCUCGCAGCUGCUCUGGGCGGACGCACACACUGAGCGGAUCGAGGCGGCCGAUUUAAACGGAUCGAACCGCAGGACCCUGGUGUCUCCUGUGCAGCACCCUUACGGCCUCUCACUGCUGGGGCCAUACAUCUACUGGACAGACUGGCAGAGCCGGAGCAUCCAGAGAGCAGACAAGAUCACUGGCGCCAACAUCAUCACCAUCCGCUCCAACCUCCCAGGCCUCAUGGACAUCCAGGCUGUGGACCGUGAGAGGCCUCUGGGCUUUAACAAGUGCGGUCGGCAUAACGGUGGCUGCAGCCACCUGUGCCUUCCGCGGCCCAACGGCACGUCCUGCGUGUGCCCCACGGGUGUCCUGCUGAAGGCCGAUGGCAGGUCGUGUGACGACAUGCCCGAGACGUACCUGCUGUUCUCCAACCGCAUCAGCGUGCGCCGCAUCUCCCUGGACACGGCAGACCAUACAGACGUGCACGUGCCCGUGCCAGAGCUGCACAAUGUCAUCUCGCUGGACUACGACAGUGUGGAGGGCAAACUCUACUACACUGAUGUCUCUCUGGAUGUCAUCAGGCGCGUGAACCUGGACGGGAGCAGCAUGGAAACAGUGGUCAGCCAGGGGCUGAAGACCACUGAUGGCCUCGCGGUGGACUGGGUGGCACGGAACAUGUACUGGACUGAUACCGGGCGUAACACUAUCGAGGUGGCCCGCCUGGAUGGGUCCUCGCGGAAGAUUCUAGUGAACAGCAGCCUGGAUGAACCCAGGGCCAUCGCCGUGUUCCCCAGCAAAGGGUUCCUUUUUUGGACUGACUGGGGACAUAUUGCUAAGAUUGAACGUGCCCACCUGGACGGGUCUGACCGGAAGGUCCUGAUCAACACCGAUCUGGGCUGGCCCAAUGGCCUCACACUCGACUACGACAUGCGCAGGAUCUUUUGGGUGGACGCACACCUGGACCGUAUCGAAAGCUCUGACCUGAACGGCAAACUGCGCCAAAUCCUCGUCAGCCCCGUCUCGCACCCGUUUGCUCUCACUCAGCUGAAGCCGGUGCCCUCUCCUCUAACUCCUCUCUCCCCCCGCAUCUCACAGCAAGACCGCUGGAUCUACUGGACGGACUGGCAGACCAAGUCCAUACAGCGUGUGGAAAAGCACACAGGCCGCAAUAAGGAGACUGUGCUGGCUAAUGUGGAGGGGCUCAUGGACAUCAUAGUGGUAUCGCCCCAACGCCAGACUGGCACCAAUCACUGCGGCGUAAACAAUGGCGGCUGUACUCAUCUGUGCUUUGCAAAGACGAACAGCUUCGUAUGUGCGUGUCCAGACGAGGCGGACGACAGGGCCUGUUCCACCAUCUCCGGUUAUGUUCCCACGGUAGCUGACAAGGGAGCCACCAGCACUCAGGCCCCUGGCAAACGUGCCAAAGGCUCCACAGACAAGCCUCAGCAGCACCCCCCUAUGUUCAAUUGUACAGAUAAGAGUGUUGGUGUGGAAGGCUGCCAGCAGAGCAAUGUGGUGACCGCUCCUCAUGGGGAGGGGCUUCAUAUCAGCUAUGUGAUUGGUGGAGCUUUGACGGUCCUCGCUAUUCUGAUACUCAUAGCUGUGUUCAUCAUUUACAGGCACAAAAAGUCAAAGUUUGCUGAUCCAGGCAUUAGCAACCUGACAUACAGCAAUCCUUCGUACCGUACGUCAACACAGGAGGUCAAAAUAGAGGCUGCCCAAAAACCUCCAAUAUACAAUCAGUUACGAUAUAAAAAAGAGGGUGUUGGAGAGGGCAGUUACACCCGAGAGAAGAUUCGGAUAGUGGAGGGGGUGUGUCUUCUUUCUGGGGAGGAGCUAUACUGGGAGGACCUGAAACAGCUGAAGGUGUGUCGAGGGGGUGGACUUCAUACCUGCAUGCGCACGGAUACUGUCUCCCUGCAAGCAAGCUCAGCCUCCUUGGACGAUACUGAGACGGAACAGCUGUUACAGGGCGACCAAUCCGAAUGUUCCAGUCUAAACACAGCCCCAGCGACCACACCCCAGCGCCACAGUGCCCACCCAGACACUGGCUGGGUCCCCAAUCGCAAACCCUCCACUGAGAGUGAAGUGUGAUCUCACAAUGAACACAUGCUUAGACAAUGACAUCUACACAAAAGACACAUGCUUCACACAAGAAUGAAUGCACAUGCUACACCCAACAAAUCCCCUUCUGUCAAAAAGGCUACACACACACACACACACACACACACACACACACACACACAGUGUUACCUACAUAUCGAAACUGCAAACCUGCCUAGCAGGCCGUGUAAAGCUGAGCAAUUAUAGCUGUGCAACUCAUAGAUUUAGUAGGCAAAUGGUUCAUCUAUGCAUAGGGCACAGAACAAAAGCCAGCAAAAACAUUUAAUAACCCAUUUAAGGAAGGUGCCUGACUGGCCUAAAACUAAAACCGGCAUAGAAUUUCUGAACACACAUACAUGUAAACAAACAUUACCCCAGUUUCCUAAACCAUCAUUUCCUAAACCAUCAUAGUAUCUUUUCUUUACUCCUCCCCAUGUUACUGGGGCCUGAGCUUCACCCUGACUCCUCCCCCAAUGUCUGGAGCACAUCCCCUACCCCAUUGUGGGCUCCUGACUCCUCCCCUUAUGUCUGGAGCCCAUCCCCCACCCCACUGUGGGCUCCUGACUCCUCCCCCUAUGUCUAGUGCCCAUCCCCCAACCCACUGUGGGCCACCCCCUUUCGGACACACGACUGAAAAGACUUUGCAGAGCCUACGGACAGCAUAAUGCAGUAAGAGAACAAAGAUUUAAAAAAAAAAAAAACACUUUUGAGAAAGCAAGGAAUGCAACCCACAAAGAAAUCGGGAGUGUUUUUGUAUACAAGGACAGCACUGUUGUGUAUAAAAUUAUGCUUUUUUUUUGUGGAUUUCUGAUGUAAGCUAAAAUCAAGACUCUGUGCUCAUGGACAGUAUAGCAAACUGAUCCGUCUGCUGCCACGCCUCACCACUCAUCGUACGUUUAUGAACUCUAUUUAUGAACAUUUUGUACAUCUGAGUGGGCUGUUCAUUCUGUCUCCCCUGCAUUCUGUUCAAGGCCUCAUGCAUUGACAGGACUAAUUAAGGAUUAGUGCCAAAGGGCGGGGUGCGCUCUCUCUCCCUCUGCGGACGCCGCUGUGAUUUAUGAAGCCGUGCAGCGCUGCGUGGGUCACUCGCAUCAUGGUCCAGUUCAGAUGUGCGGCACAACCCAGUUUUACAGAGAGAUGGAACGAAAAUGUGGCCAUGUUACGAACAUUGCCAGUUUUUCCCUCGUCAUUCGUCUCAUCAAAUGAAAUGUUUUACAGGUUGUUUUUGUUUUAUGGAUUUUUGAAACGAGCAUUAGAUAUUUGAUUAAGUAAGGUAAUUGAGCAAGUUUAAGGUAGGGUGACAAAAAAAACAAAAAAACAUGAAACAUUACAUGUCCUCGGGGAAAGUAGUCUGAAUGAAGUGUAAGUGCCAAAUGUUGUUUUUGUUGUUGUUUUUUCUUCACUAUAUUUAUAUUUCAGGAGAGCUAUAUUUGACAUUUCUCCCUUUUUACUUUGUGCUUAGAGAUGAUCAACCAUAUUAGAACCUGCGAAGCACCAUGCACUUGGUCAUGUAGCUUUCUAUGAACUUUCAUAGAGCUAUCACGAGUGUGUAACUGUAUACCACUGACCAUUCAUUUGACCAUUCAUUUUAAGGAAAAAGGAAUAUGUGGUGUUUUAUGCAAUGCUUUGAACUCUUGUUUUGUACUUUUGUUGUCAUUGGAGUCACUUUGAGGACUGUUUUAACAAUCCUCUUUGAGGAUUGUUGUGUUCUCAAACGCAUGUAUCUUGAAGUAACUUCUCCAGUUUCAGCACAAUGCUGAUUUGCUGCUACAACACACACCCAGUACUGAGGCCAAUGAGGGAUGGUCUUGGCAGCUACUUACCUGCAGCUCUCUAAUUGUUGGCUUACAAAACAACUAGACAUCAUAUCUAGUGUGCCAUUUAAUAUAUACAUGUAACCUGCUUCCUUUUUUAUCUGCAUAUUUCCAAUUGCUGACAGAAGAGCUUGUACAGACUUCACAAUGGAGAGAAAGUGUGUAUGUGUUAAAAUAUGUUGUGUUGAUUUAUUGUAUAGUCUUUUGUACAAAGGGAUUUUUUUCAACAUUUAUUAAAGGGAUAGUUAACAUUUUGCCAAUUUCAUGAGCUUUUCCUACUGGCAUAAAGUCAGAUGAUGAGUUCUGUUUUAUUUACAUUUCUUUGUGCAGUUGCACAUGAGAACCAUAAUGGUAAUGGGCAGAUUAUUCAUUUUUUGAAAGCUUCAAUUUUAGAAACAGUUGUUUUUUUUUAACUGAAACAUUUAAUUUGGUACAUUUUACUGUUUGGCUGUGAAAGUCUUAACAAACAACAGUCAAGUUGUAGUGGUGCUUCUAGAUGAAUCAGUAAGUUAAUGAUUUUCAAAUGCUUAACUUUUCUUUUAUUACACUACAGGUAAGCAAACAGCAAGUUGGAUCAGUUUUGGAGCUUGAUGUGUGUCAGCUAGCUGUUUUUGAAGACUUCCAUUCAUGCAGAUCUAAGAAGCUGCACACAAUGUGCAACUUGCACACAGAGAUUUGGAAGAAUGCUAGUAAUAACUUUGUCUGACUUUGUGAAAGCAGAAAAAAAUAUUUCAUUGCCAAAACGUUAAAGUCCCUUUUAUUUCACUCACUGGAGAGGAAUUAUUUAACCACUUUCUUUUCUCCAAGCCUUGUGAAUAAUAAGGUUGAUGCCAGUUAUUUAACAGAAUGCUCUUUUAUGUUUCAAAAAUAUUGGUCACAUGUAACUGUUGUAAAGUUAACUAAGAGAUAUUUAUAAUUUCUUUGUUUGGUUGUCAUUUAGAUGUAAAUAUAAAAUGACUGUAUAUGUAUUUCCCCAUUGCAAUACUAACAGACUGUGUUGUGUGACAGUGAAUUACUCCUUUGCUAUCUUUUAAUAUAAAACUGCAUUUGCAUUGAACAGAA